AUGACGGCGUCUUGGUUAUGUAAAAUAUAAUUAAGACAUGUUGGUAUGGUCUACUUGGAAGACUUUUGUUAAAACAAAUUGAAACUGAGAAGCUAAUAAACGGAAAUCAGCCGAGCUAAUAGAACAGAAUCGUGUGGUUACCAAAAGUGUACAUCUUAUCAUCUGAAGGUAAUAAAUAACCUAAUGCGCUUGCUAGAUUUCAUUGGACGUUGCAUCACGACACAGGUGUUCAAUAUUGUCGAUUGAUGAGAUGCUGACGGCAUUUUGUCAUGUUGGGGUUAGGUAGAAAAGCGUUUACCACGCGGAACAAACUCCACUUAAAAGGAUAUUGGACUGAGGAUGAUUUGCAUAAUAUAAAGAUGGAACCAAACGCAUCCAAACUGUCCGACCUUCAAGCCAAACCAGGAUCAUCUGCACAGGAUAAUCUGAAGCAUGUCGGUGGGGCGAAUGUGUCUGACCCUGAACCACCAGUACAGAGUGAGAGUGAGAUUCAGGCUGGCCUUCGCUCUCGCAUGGAACAAAAAAGAAGGUUACAAAUCCGAAUUUGUUGUCAGCGCUUGCAUGACCUUUUGCCUUUUGUCAAUGGUCGGUUGGACACAGCAUCUACUCUUGAGCUAACUGCCAAAUACAUGAGCUACCUCAAGCAGACACUCUCCAAGGACAUGUUGUCUAAGGUGGAUAAAUCCUUAGAAAAGAAUAGGAAAGCAAAACUUGCAGGCUCAGGAGGAGCCUAUCAUUAACCCUAAGCCCAAAGAGAGCAAAGCCUGUCGGCAGAAAGAACUCUGAUGAUCUCGUUGCCGCUCAUGCAUUAGAGCCAUACAUGUACAGACACAUUCAGCCAAGGAACUCUGAAGCUCAUCAGCCAAAUAUCACAGUUAUUAAUCCUCUGAUGAGAGAUAUGGAGACUUCUCAAUUUGUGACUCCAACUGGAAUCCCUGCCAGGCCAGUACUGUUGGAUGAGUCUACUGUUCCACGUGGACAAAUGCUACCAGUAUGCCAAAAUCUAUGUACUGCUCCAUCAUUUAAGUCAAUGGAAAAUAAUUAUAAGAUGUUCCCUCCAGCAUUUUUACACCCCACAGCUGGCCUGGUUACAUCAAUAAUGGAAAGUCAGAUGUUCAAACCUGAAAUGAAACAAGGUCCUGAAGUGGCUGUGUCUAGUGGUGUCCGAUGCAGCAUGCACCACUCAAGCCCUGUCCCAUCAAGGAUCUUUAACCAUAUCCCGAUGACCCCAGAUCAAUCAUGGUUUGUGAAUUGGACGUCCCCCAGUUUGCUAUCUGAGAACCAGACCCUUCAAGCAUCAUCACUUGGCUUGAAUGAAACAUGUCCGCAAGCAGAUGGACUCAGCCAGCACCAUGUCCCACCACCACUUUUUGAGGAUGGAACACCAUCCAUCUUAAACUCAGCAGCCUCCCCAUGGGCAGACCACUCUGCAAAAGAUUCACACUACUGUGAUCCCCCACCUUCUCUAUCAAGCUCAUGCUUGGCCAUGAGUACCUUGAGCAGUAACCCAAUGACAUACAGUCCACAGUCUUUUGCCGCAUCCAUUUGGUUUGAUCCAACAAAGUUGGAUAUAAUGGACACUCCAUUCAAAACUGAUGUUGCCCCCAACAUAGUUUUUUCUCCUUAGAAUUCCACAGGUGUCAGGUGAGUUCUGCUAACUUCAAGUAUCAAGUUCAUGCUCCUUACAAUCGCAGCAAGUAAGGAUACUCCAGCUGUACAUUCUGUACUUCCGUCUUUCAUUUAAUGCCUUGAGGGAUACAGUAGCACAGACAGUUCAUAUAACCGUGUCUCACAUGGAUGCAUUGUUAUGCAGUUGUAGUGGACUUUAAGUGAUUCUGUUGUGUACUGGCCACUUUAGAUCUCUUCCUGAAUGACUGUUCCAUCUAAUGACUCAGGGGCCUGACGGAAUGAAGUCUGAUCUGUCUUGUACCACAAAACAAGAGGAGAAACGUCAGACAAAUGA